GGUGGAGCAUCAGUGCAGGCAGGGAUUUGUGCCUGGUUCCAGCAGAGAAUCACAAAGCAGCGGUGAGAGUCUUUUUAAUGUACAGGUAAAUGUGCACCUGUGUGUUCAGACUGGGGGACCAAGAGGAUUUUCAUGAUGCAGUGCUCUACAGACAGGUGAAUAUUCCUGCUGACACACAGCAAUUGUGCAGAGUGCCUACUAAACAGACUGGAAACCUGUAAAAGUUUGUUGGAGAUAAAGUGGGAAUUUUGCUUCCACUAUUUCCAGUCUUGAAGUGAAGCUCUGAGCUAAUUUAUUGAAAAAGAAAAGAAACCUGACUUGAAAACUUCAUGGAAGUAGUUCCAUCAAAGACAAAUUGCAUUUGGCAAAACAAGAUGAAAAUAUUCUUCAUAAUAAUCAGUUUUCUUUUAGUAACAUCUAUUUCCAUGUAUGUUAAAUACCAAAGUAAUUACAGUAAUGUUGUGAGCUACCAAAAAAAUGAUGAAGUUGUAGAAUCUGUUAACAGAAGUGCUCAAAGGAGGAUGCCUGCUCGAAAGGGAAUUUGGACAAUAAACUCUAUUGGACGGCUUGGCAACCAGAUGGGGAAUACGCAACGUUAUAUGCUUUGGCAAAAUGAAUGGUCAUCAAGCCUACAUUUUGCCUUCCAUGGCCAAUUAUUUGUCACCUAUCUUCAGAAUCACUCUCCCAAUCCUCCAUGAAAGUUUGGUCAAAAAAACUACCGGGAAGAAUUACCAUCUCCAUGACUGGAUGGCCGACGAGUAUCGUAAUAUUCCAGGGGACUAUCGUAUGCUUACUGGAUAUCCUUGCUCCUGGACCUUCUAUCAUCACUUACAAGAUGAAAUCCUCCGCGAGUUCACCUUUCAUGACUUUAUCACAGAAGAGACAAAUGCAUAUCUCAGGCGCAUUAGGGGAAACCAAGAGAAUGUGACAUUUGUAGGUGUUCAUGUUCGAAGGGGCGAUUAUAUAAAAGUCAUGCCAAAUGUUUGGAAAGGUGUCAUAGCUGACAAGAAAUAUUUAGAAAAAGCAAUGUAUUACUUCAGAAAGAAGUAUAAAAAUGUUAUUUUUGUAGUAACAAGUAAUGGAAUGGAUUGGUGUAAAGAGAACAUUAAUGCUUCCAAAGGAGAUGUUCUCUUUACAGACACUUCAAACAGUCCUGGUCAAGAUCUUUCUAUCCUUGCUCAUUGUAAUCACACUAUAAUGACUAUAGGGACAUUUGGUUACUGGGCAGGCUAUCUGGCUGGUGGAGAGACAAUUUUCCUUGAUAAUUUCACUCUGCCUGAUUCACCAUUUCUGAAGUUAUUUAAGUAUGAAGCAGCUUUCUUACCUCAUUGGAUUGGAAUUCCUGCCGACCUCUCACCUCUUCUGACCAAGACCACUUGAAUUUGUCCAAUAAUUUGUCCAGUUACCAAAAUAUAAUUCCACAGAAGGAUCCGAGUCCCAUUAAUUGUCUGCUGUUAUGUUUAAUGAUUUUUUUUUAAAGUCGUAAACCCUGAUUUGAUGUUUUGUACAGGACUGUGUCUGCAUCCGUAUUUUGCCUCCGAGUAACAGAUACAAUUCAAACUUUUUAUUAUUGGAGCUAGAAUUGAUGCUAAGAUCACAUCAUUCCAACAAUCAGCACUUCAAGGGUGUUCAGAAUUAUUAAUUUAGAUUUAGACUAUGUGCAGGCAGAUGGGAUCAGUUUAAUUUGGCAAUCAUGGUUGGCACAGACAUGGUGGGCUGAAGGCCUGCUCCUGUGCUACAUUGUUCUAUGCUCUAAUGUCCAUAAAUAAAAUCUACAAUUUGCAACAUGAAUCAUUCCCUGCAAAAUGCUGGAUGAUUUUUGCCAUUUUAUCAUUAACAUGGCCAAAUGCAAUAUAAAUCUCAUCUUACCAUGAACUUCACAUUGAUCGUGAAAUUUUUGAAAUUAUGAUAUCAUUAUGAUGUGAUUCAACCAGUCUUUCAUUUCUCAUGAUUCAGACAUGAUUCCCAUUUUUUCUACAUGAAACCAAGAGUCCACUCUUUUGCAAAAACAUCCUGCCAAAUGAGUUUCCUGAACUCUUGAAAUGUGAAGCUCAUGAGCAAGGGAAGGUCUCUCAUCUACUGAAAAUUUUCCUUUGGAUCAUCAUGAAUGGUACCUUAACUGUCACCCUCCCUGAGAUAUUCACCUGUUGCUCCAUUGUUUGGAAUUCUUACUUUCAGCACAAAUAAACCUCCCUUUUACAUUUCUGAAGACGUGCCCAAAUAUGCAUCAGCAGGUUAAUUUCCCAUCUGAUUUGCCUAACUAUGUUUGCUCCAUCAACUUCUCAGCCAGCGUGGACUGGAGUCCAGCUGACUUCACCAGGUAGCUGUACUGUGAGCCCCUAUCUGAUUCAACACCAAUUAGUCAGCCCAACCCCUCUCCCCAACUACUACCACCAUUCCUGAAUAUUCUCAAGGGACAUAUUUCACUCUUGGUUAAAGAGUUUGCACACUCUGUUCCAUCCAGAUUUCAACAAAGUACUAUUUGAAGGGUACAGAUGUCUCCCUUAAUUGUUGCCUCAGUAGUCCAAAUUUUAAUGAUACAGAACCAAUUUCCUAGGGCUAAUACCUUAUUGCACUGGGUUUUCUCUGUAGCGGUGACACUUUACUAUGUACUGUUAUUGUUAUUACCUGUACUACAUCAAUGCACUCUGUAUUAACCCAAUGUAACUGCACUGUGUAAUGCAUAGACCUGUACGAUCGGUAUGCAAGUCAAGUUUUUCACUGUACAAGUGACAAUAAUAAACCAAUACCAUAAUGAUUUUUAUUUUAUAAUUAGAAAUAGUAGAAAUGGUCAUUUGUACAGUGCCUAGAUAGGACAAAAAAACACUUACAAUUGAUAUGUACUUUUUCAAAGAAUAUAUCUUCUGUGAAACAGGCUAAAACAGAAAAUAUGGGUUUCUUGUUAUUUUGUGCUUUUUGUUGUGGUUUUAUUUGAACUUGGUAUGUUAUCCUGUAAUUUAAUGUUUAUAGCCAGAAAACCAGGAAUAUCACCAUUGCUUUGAUCUUAAGUUAUAUUUCAAAUAAAAAGUAAAAUGGA